AUGCCAUUUUCACCAGCUAAUAAACAUAAUCCACUAAUCUUAAAAAAUAUUCCUACCAUUUAUCAUGAUCAAAUUCAACAAUGUUUAGCAUGUAUUCAAUUGUUAAAAUGUGUUCAACGACUUGCUAAUUUAUGGUGUCAUUUUUUUCAAUUGAAAAUUGAAGAAGAUUAUUGGAAUUAUUUAGACAAUUUACAUCUACUUGUCAUAGUUUGGUUAUCCGAAGAUGUAUCAAAAGAAAUAAUUCAACAAAAUUCUAUCGAUUGGGAUUCUAGGAGAACAAAAACGAAUAUUCGACAUCAAAAAACAUUAAUUCAAAACAAAUUACAACGAACGGAAUAUAAUUUGUCGAAGCAUCAAUCUCAACUUUCAUCCAAGUUCAACCUACAAAAUGAAAUAUAUGUGAAGAAUUCGAUCGACAUCGUAUUUAAAACGUUUGCUAUUAUUCUAAGAAAUGAUUUGAAUCCUUUCCAUGUACAUUUUGAACAGAAGAAGCUCUUGUUACACUUUAAUUUUCAUGAUGCAUAUCUAGUCAAAUCAUUCUAUGAUUUAAAUCCAACUGAAAAACAAAUUCAUCUUGUUCAACAAAUUUGGCAAACAAAAUUAAAUUCAUGUGAACGAUUUCUCCGUGAAAAAACGAAAACAAUUUUUCCUGAUAACAAUCCAAUAGUCAAUAUGAAUCUAUUCUCCGUCGAUGAUUUUGUUCCUGUCAUGUUUGCCAUUAUUGAAGCACGUCUCGUCACUAUCGAACAACGUACACAAGUCAUCAUGGAAUUUAUCAAUACUCCUUCUCAAUAA